AUGAUGCAACUGUGGCUCCCCAGAGGCCCCUGGGUGGCAGCUAUGAUCAUGGCAUUGAUGGUGCUGAGCUCUUCCAUGGCUUUGGUCAGGGACCGCCGAUCUCGGUUCAUGGCACAAGUUAAACACGAGUGUCAUUUCUACAAUGGGACACAGCGCGUGUGGCUUUUGGAUAGAUACUUCUACAACCAAGAGGAAAACGUGCGCUUCGACAGCGACGUAGGCAAGUACCUUGCUGUGACCAAGCUGGGGGAGCUGGAGGCCGAGAACUGGAACAGCCGGAAGGAGCUCCUGGAGGAUGCGCGGGCCGGGGUGGACACGUACUGCAGAUACAACUACCGGAUUUUGGAGAGCUUCACUGAGCAGCGGAGGGUUGAACCUGUGGUGACUGUGUAUCCUACAAAGACGCAGCCCCUGGAUCACCACAACCUCCUGGUCUGCUCUGUGAGCGGCUUCUACCCCGGCCACAUUGAAGUCAGAUGGUUCCGGAAUGGCCAGGAGGAGAAGGCUGGGGUCGUGUCCACGGGCCUGAUCCGGAAUGGGGACUGGACCUUCCAGACCCUGGUGAUGCUGGAGACGGUUCCUCAGAGUGGAGAGGUUUACACCUGCCAGGUGGAGCAUCCCAGCCUGACCAGCCCUGCCACAGUGGAGUGGAGGGCACAGUCCUCAUCUGCACAGAAGAAGAUGCUGAGUGGAGUUGGGGGUUUCAUGCUGGGUCUGUUCUUUCUUGGACUGGGACUGUUCAUCUACUUCGGGAGCCAGAAAGGACAGUCUGGACUCCAGACGACAGGUAACACCCUUCAGUCUUCCCUCAGAGACAGAUCUGCUUUCCCUACAGUGUGGGGGCUGGGGCGUGGGGGACACCAGGCAGACACACAGGGGAAGAUAGAGACCCCAGGGCCUGGUCAGGCAGUUUGCACUUACUGA